ACCGCAUUUGAUCUGGUCACACCUGGCUAUUCGUUGCGUAGUCGGCAACCGCGAUUGCCACAGCCGACUGAUCUACGGGAAGGCGUUGGAAAUGCAGCUCUUGCUGUGCGCCGCGGAUUUGCUAUGAUCUCGACGGACAUGAAAUUAGCAGUUCGAUUGCCCAGCAAGCGGACAGCGGGCUACAAAGGUCCUGUUGGCGUAGUCGGCGAGGUACUACGACAUAUCCCGCCUAGCCUAGUCACGCCUAUUGUGGCUGGAUGUGAGGUCAGUUGGCGGAAAAACAGAAGAUAUUUUGGCUUAGUUAAUAUUGCAUUUGUUAGAAACAUGACUUUUCUCCAUCUUUCUUUUAAAGAUGGAACAGUUUUAAGUGUUGUAAUUAAUAUUGUAAAAAAGCUGGGUUUCGAUUAA